UGCUUUGCGGGUCAGGGCUGUCCCCAGGGAUGCUGCCCGGGGUUCGGCUGCGUGCCGGGGCGUUAUCCCGGCGGGGCCGGCCAGCCUAUUUUUCCAGGCGAGGAAAUAUUUAACCGCAGCGUCAGCGAGCAGGGCAGGCGGGUGCAGGCAUGGAGGGUGGCGGGCAGCGCCCGGCCCCCUCUGCCCCCCCGGGCCAGCCCCAGGGUGAAUCCCUGCAGCUCCUUCUGCACCGCAGCCGGGAGGCCAAAAACUGUGCCUAUUGCCCCUACAGCCGCUUCCCGGUGGGCGCCGCGCUGCUCACCGCCAGCGGAGAGAUCUUCUCGGGGUGCAACGUGGAGAACGCCUGCUACAGCCUGGGGGUGUGCGCCGAGCGCACCGCCAUCCAGAAGGCCAUCUCCGAGGGACACACCAGCUUCAAGGCCAUGGCCAUCGCCAGUGACAUGGGGGACCACUUCAUCACACCCUGCGGUGCCUGCAGACAAGUGAUGAGAGAGUUUGGCACGGACUGGGACGUCUACCUGACCAAAGCGGACGGCACCUAUAUCGUCAAGAAGCUGGAGGAGCUGCUGCCACUCUCCUUCGGACCCGAGGACCUGAAGAAGGUGUGAGCAGCGCGGCCGCUGGCGGCCUUUGCCCUUCGGCAGCAGGGGAGGAUGGUUUUCCCCAAUUUCCCCAGUGUGUAAGCGGCUUUUUGGGCACGAUGCAAUGGGAAAUGCGUUUAUAGUGUUAAGUUACCCAUUCCUCUCACUCGUUUUCUGAUUCAGCGCUGAUUCGCAGACACCGGCCCCACCUCACCCCAGGGAAAUGGCGAAAUCAAAUUGUAGAAAUUCCCUGUUAUUAGAAAAAAAGUGUCCAGAUAUCGCUGUAGGCGAGGGGGGAGAUCGCAGGCAGAAAAGGGUUUGAUGCACGGCUCAAGCUUGGGCUUGUUGGUCCAGAAAUGACUCCCGAAUAAUGCAAAAUCAUUGCUUGGGAAAAUGCUGAAUUCUUCAUCUCUAAGGGACAAGUGAAAGUGAAAAGCUCCAUCAACCCCCUCAGUUAUUAAUAAGCCAAUUCCAAUUAGGCGAUUUGCUGGAGCUGGAGGGUUAUCACGCUGAGCGUGUCCUUUGCUCCUUUCUCUCGGGCUUGUUUUUCUUCCUUUUAUUCCGUUUGUGGGGAUGAAGGAGGAGUUUGGGGGGGGCUUCUGGAGAGUUUUGUGUCUCCAGAGUAAUGCCGUUUGCUGAUUGUACUAUUUAAUUAUGCACAAUGAAAAAUGAACGUGUUAACAUUUCCGAACCAGCGCAGGGUUGGGCAUUAGUGCCUACGCCCAAGUGAAAUAAAAGCAGCCCUGGUUUAUCUCCUG